AUGGCAUCCCACUUGCCAUCAGACCCGCCUGGGUUUACGGCUUUGGUAUGGAGCGUUUCCCCUGCUCCAACCACCAUGGAUGAGUGGCAGACAGCCAUCUUGGAGGUCAAAUCACUGUACAAGUCUCAGCAGCACAAGCAGUGUGUGUUGCGUUGCAAACAGCUUAUCGACACUGCUACCGCUCCGAUUGAUCGCAUUCAUAAAACCUCUCUUUACUACUUUGCCGGCAUCUCAUAUGUCUGCCUUGCUCAGGCAGCUCACGUCUACUCGGCAGCCAAGGUCCCAUUUUUGAAAUGUGCUUUGGAGAAAUUUAUUGCUGCAAGCAAAGCUUUGCCAGAGAAUCGUGCCCCUCCAGUCCUGAACCCUGGUCAGACGUAUUCCCCUGUUCCAUGGCCAGAGUCUCCUUCGUCUCGUACUACAUCUGGAUCACCGCUGAUCUUCAAUGAUUCUCCUCGUCCUGAGUCCCCUUUGAAAUCUGCCUCCCUGCGCGAUGGAUCCUCUGUCCUGGAUACAAAGUCUCAACUCGCUCGAUAUGGCAUUCUGACGCCUCCUCUUUCGGACUAUCCUUCGUCUGACGAUUCUCUGGUCACGGCUUUCGUCACCACACCACGUUCUAUCCCUGCUGUUUCUCCUCCACGCCAGUUGAGGCACAUUGAAGAUCUCUGCUCUGUGGAAGAUAUCAACAAACAACUCUCGCCUGUUUCGGUCCCAGUUGAGCCCCCUCCACAUCAGUUGAGUCCUACUGAGGAUCCUUCCUUCGUGGAUGGUGUCGAUGAUGGCAUCUCGCCUGUUUCAACCUCUGAUGUCCCCCCUCGACCUUACAAACUUUCCAGUGUGAGCCGGAAUUUCUCCUAUCCAAUUGGUGGUAUUGCUCAGCCUCGUGGUGCUCCUUCUCCUGCAUCUGUGGAUGAUGAACUGGUCUCUUUUGACAGUUCCCAAAACAGUAUUCCUAUCGGCGAAUUUUUGAUCAACAACAUUACCCGAAUGCUCGACAGCUCUACUCUGAAUGAAAGUAAGGACGACCCUUUCCUCUCGAAGAAAAAUUUGUCUCCCAAGAUCCGACCCCCGGUACAACCCUCCCCGGUCCGUUUCCCUGCUGAUCUUGCGAACCCCAGGAAGCAAAGUGAACUGGUCCCAUCGCCGCUUUCUGUCCGAAAGGUAUCUGGUGAGCUGAUCAAGUGCAAUCGUUCAAUGAUUCUCUGUGGACCCGCAAACAAGGAAAGCAUCACAAGCCCAAAGGAUACUUGCAAUACCUUCGACAAGCCUGCUGUGACUGCUGAUGCUCGACCCAGCUCAACUCUAAGCAAGUAUGAUCUUGACACGAAGCGACCUGUUCGCCCUCGCCCUCCCCGUCUGCCGCUCAAGGUUAUUCCUCGUCUGCAGGUUAACGUCGAUGCAAGCCAUCCAAUCCCCACUCGCCUGAGUCCGGAGCUCAAGCCCGUCAGCCCCAUUCGGGCUAUGCCCACUCCAGUUUCUAUCCCAGAGACUAUCCCAGAGAAGAACACAGAUAUCGGUUUCCACUGUUUAACUAUUCCACCGGUCACACCAGAACAAAGUCAAAAGUCCUCAUACACAAGCCCGUCCCCAGCCUGCUCUUCAGUGACCCCAGCCAGCGCAGCUCGAGCCGCAAUGCUAAACUUGAGCAACAGCUUCCUGCGCGAAGAAUUUACCAGAGAAAUCGCUUGGCUCCGCGAACAAAUCGACCACGUCGAAAACAUACAGCACAUCCACCGUCGCCGCAGCCCAGUGACCGUCUCCCCAGACCGGCCCCGCCCUCAGUCCUUCUGGACGUUCAGUCUCAUUCGCAAGAAGCUGUCUUCUGUUUUCCGUCGUCACUCCAGCCCAGACUCGAGCUCGGAUGUGGGUCCUAAUAUUGAUAAGUUUGGGAAUGUUCUUCGUAUUGAGACGAUGGUUCAGCGUAUUGCUCGGUUGCGCAAGGAGAAUUGGAAGACUGGUAUUCGUGCUCCUCAUUCUGUGUGGAAAGGUUCUGAUUAUUAUGAGAAGUUUUGCGACGACGUACUCGCUGAUCUUCAGGACUGUGAGGGAUUCUUUUGA